GAUUGUCUCUGGCGGUGAAGUAAAAAGGGACUGAUAUGAACAGAGUCACAACUACUUUCUUUAGCUGGAUCAGUCGUCAUUGGCUGUUCGGUGGACACGAAAGGUCCACGCCUAUUGGUUCAGCGUGAGGGGAAAGAAGGCUCUCUGAUUGGCCCAUUCUCCUUACCGCGACCUUUCACCGCCGUCAACCUCGGCAGCGACCUGCCGUCGUGCUAGUUGUCAACACUGAAUCUUUAAGUAACCCAACUGGCCUUGAACUUUGAGACCGAUUUCGCGCUGAGAUAUGACACGAAGAAGACACACGGACAGAAACCUGCAGGCUGUUAAGUGAACGCUUAUGCCUCCAACCAAACUAUAUCUUCAGUCAUGGCGGGGAUUCUCCAAAGAACACCAAAGCUGAGGACAGCUCUCAGACAUCUCCGACAUCAUAGCACCCUCCCAUCUACAGCCACAACCAGGCUGUCACCUGUAGGCCUCCACAGUCCAUUUCUCACCUGCAGCUCAGCAAAGUUUGUGGCCUCCACUCGUAAGCUACAUGCUGGUGCUGGUGCUGGUGCUGGUGCAGAUGGACCCAAGCCGUCUCCCGCUGCAGCCCCAGAGAGGCUCCCUUUCUCCAGAGUAACUCAGGAAGAUUUGGCCUUCUUCAGGAAGAUCCUACCGGGCAGAACCAUCACUGACCCAGACCUGCUGGAGUCAAGUAACGUGGACUGGCUCAAAACAGUGAGAGGUUCCAGUGAAGUGUUGUUGAGACCUCAGACAACAGAGGAAGUUUCUCAAAUUCUCAGUUAUUGUAACAGUCGUAACCUGGCAGUGAACCCUCAAGGAGGCAACACUGGGCUGGUUGGGGGCAGUGUCCCAGUCUAUGAUGAGAUCAUCCUCUCCACUGCUCUUAUGAACAACAUCCUUACCUUUGAUAGCAUCUCUGGUAUUCUCACCUGCCAGGCAGGUUGUGUCCUGGAGAACUUGUCUCUCUACCUGGAGGAGAGAGACUACAUCAUGCCACUGGAUCUUGGGGCAAAAGGCAGUUGCCAAAUUGGGGGCAACGUGGCAACUAAUGCAGGUGGGCUGCGGCUGCUGCGAUACGGCUCCUUACGCGGGACUGUCCUGGGUCUGGAAGUGGUGUUGGCAGAUGGGCGGGUGCUGGACUGCUUGGCGACGCUGCGGAAAGAUAAUACCGGAUAUGACCUCAAACAGCUCUUUAUAGGGUCGGAGGGUACACUGGGGGUCAUUACAGCAGUGUCUAUCCUUUGUCCACGGAAGCCCAAAUCUGUCAACGUGGUUUUCCUGGGCUGUGAGACCUUCGAGCAGCUGCUGCAGACAUUUCAGCUCUGCAGAGGCAUGCUGGGAGAGAUCCUGUCAGCCUUCGAGUUCUUGGAUAGUGCAUGUAUGAGGCUGCUGAACACGCACCUCAAACUACCCAAUCCCAUUUCUGAAUGCCCAUUCUAUGUCGUCAUAGAAACAUCUGGAUCUGACCCGAAACAUGACGGAGAGAAACUCCACAACUUUCUAGAGGAGGCGAUGACAUCUUCAUUAGUCACUGACGGAACUGUAUCAACUGAGGACUCAAAAAUAAAGGCUCUGUGGACGAUGCGUGAACGUGUCACGGAGGCGCUGACUCACGAUGGCUUCAUCUACAAAUAUGACAUCUCACUUCCGGUGGAGCAGAUCUACCAGUUGGUGACAGACAUGAGGGAGCACCUGGGGGACCGGGCCAAGAGUGUGGUGGGUUAUGGACACGUAGGUGAUGGUAACCUCCACUUAAAUAUCACCUCUCCUGCCAAAGACCCCUCUCUCCUCGCCGCCAUCGAGCCGUUUGUCUACGAGUGGACGGCCAGCUAUCAGGGCAGCAUCAGUGCUGAGCACGGACUGGGCCUGAAGAAAAGAAACUACAUCUACUACAGUAAACCCAGCCAGGCUGUAGCUCUGAUGGGUAGCAUCAAGGCCAUGCUGGACCCCAAAGGCAUUCUGAACCCAUACAAGACUUUGCCAGACAACCUGAAAUGACCCAAACUGUCUCACUGCUGUGGGGUAGGUGGUAAUGCAUGUAGAGCUCAUGCAGGAGCUCCAUCUACAGCCUGACUGCCACAUGGUUUUUAUCGUGGCUCAUGCUUUUUCCUGUGACACCUUUUUCACACGUUUAGUGCAGAGCUGCAGGUUUUGCACAAGAAACGGCAUUUGCCAGGCAACCCGUGAUGUUUGUUAUACAUGUUCCCAAAACUUCCAAAAGUAAUUAGAUUUUCAUGUGCACGAAGCAUUACUAUCAGAUUGACAUCCACGUCAUCAAGCCGCUGACUUUGUAGUAGUCUCUGGACUUAAAUUAUGAGGUGAAGUUAAUGCUAAACAUUAUCCACUACCUCUGCCACUCUUCUGUGCUAGAGUAGCCUUAGUCUGAUCCAGUUCUUGUGCCCCCGAAUAUGCAACAGGUUCUAGAUGUUAAAUUUAGGACACUUUGUAUCAUAGAUGAACGACUACUAGAGGCUACUAGUAUCCGCUAGAGGGCAGACAUAGAAUGAUUUAUGUUUGGAGUGAUUGUAAAGUCUUGAGCAUCUUAAAAUCAUGUAAUUAUUUAAGGGUACUUUACUAUUUAUAUGGAAACCCAUGUAGUAGUGUCUGGUAUUAGAGUAUGAACAAUUCUGACUUUACUACACAAGGAAAUGUGUUGCUCUGCAGCUGCUGGUUGAAGCUUUAAAGGAAUGGUUCACAAUUUUUUCAAGUCUGUCUAGUCAGGUGCCCCCAUCAACACUGAAACAGGUUUUGCUCGCUGUAAUCAUUCCUCCUCCUAUAUAGGCCAUCGAAAGAUCUGUCUGUAAUGAGUUAAAAUACCUUCAGAAGUUUAAGUUUAUAGUCUUUUAAGUACAAAAUUCACUUUCAGCUACUGUCCCCCCACUGCAGCUCAGCAAGGAAAGACUGUCUUGGGAAAAACGGUGUAUAAUGUACUAAAAUGACUUGACUUGUCUGCUGUCUGACGCAGCAGGCAGAGUCUGCUGAAGCCUCAUUAUCUUCAGAAUUUGAACUUUGGAAUACAUUUUUGCAUUGGGGGGGGGGCUGGAUUUUGUCCCCCAUCACUUAAAUUGGAAGCAUAUUAGAAGGGAUCUUUAAAUGGCCAGUAGCAACAGCAGGAAUGAUUACAGCAAGCAAAAGCUCUUUCACUGUUCAAUAGGUCACCUGACUAUUGUUUUAAGAACCUAUCCUUGAACAUUUUACUUGUGGAAAUGUGUUUUCUAAAAUUACAACACAGGCCGGCUAAUAGUUAAGCAAGAAUGCAAUAAAUGUUUUAUUACAUAUAAAAAAGACAAAGCAACAUUUUUUUCCCCCCCAAAACAAUCCCAGCAUUUGUGAACAAUCUGAUUUGUAACCGCACAACUAGGCAACUGUAUCGAUUUUAAAAUUAAUCUUAAAUAAAACAGUUUCCAAAUGAAAA